UCGCUUUUAAGUCCCAUCUCUCUAGCUUUUGUUGAUAUUUUAUUAGGUUUAACAUCGUUAAUUUGUACUCUCUCUUUUUUUUUUAAAAUUUUCCGAAUCCAAUAUCAAAAUGGAGCUUCAACUUGGUCUUGCUCUCCCAACUCCAAACAUGGUAAAGGGGUUCGACUUGAACAACCAUGGACUUGAUCAGCUCAAAGAAAUGGGGGGUUUGGAAGCUUGGAACAAGGCUGCUGGUUGUUUCGCUGACAAAGAUUGUGUUAAAAGUAAACGCAGUUUCGAGCAGGCUUUUGGAAACUUUACAGAAGAGUGUAGAACAAAGCCUUUGCUUCUUUGGAGUGGUCAGCCAAACGAGGAAGAAGAUCACAAGGAUCAAAAGAAAGCAACUUUUUCAACAACGGAUGAGAACGACGCAGAGGAAGAUGAUCAAGUUGUGGGGUGGCCACCCAUUAAAACAUGGAGGAAUAAAAUAUUCCAGCAGCAGCAGCAGCCCCGAGUUGGAAGGGCUGAGAACAACAGGAGGGUUGCAGAGAAUGAAAAUGGUAGAUCCAUUUAUGUUAAGGUGAAGAUGGAAGGAGUAGCAAUAACAAGAAAGAUUGAUAUAAAGCUUUAUCAGUCUUAUCAAUCACUUACCAACUCCUUGAUCACCAUGUUUGCCAAAGACAAAAAAUGUGAUGAAGAUGAUUAUAUUCUCACCUACCAGGACAAAGAAGGAGAUUGGCUGAUUGCAGGCGAUAUUCCAUGGCAAAAUUUUGUUAGGAGUGUGCAGCGAAUGGAGAUAGUGAGGAACUGGGGUUGAACAUUGGAGUUUGAUGGGAUUUGCAGUCUACUUUUAUAAGCAAAAUUUACUAGUUUAUACCAACUUUAGUACUUUGAAUAUCAAUUGUUCCUUCCAAUAAGUACGUAGUUUGUAAAAAAAAAAGAAAAAAACAUGUAAAAUGAGUGAAGUGUGAAAGCAUAUAUAUAUCACUAUAAUAGUCUAAGCUAGCCAAGGCAGAACAAAGAUGAUUGAAGCAUAAUAAUUAAUUCCAAUUAGCUUUCUUUUAUUUGAUGUAUUAACAAAGAUUGUAUCCUCACUUUGUUUGUUCAAAAGGGUACCACUAGAAUCUUUA